GCCCAGCGCUGUGACACCAGACCUGAAAUCACCCUCGACUGGUCAGGACCUAUUUUAUGCGCUUUUUAUGAACUUCUUGCACACGGAUUUGAACCAAGUUUCUAAUUGCUUCAUAAACGUUAUUGAUCCAUUGAUCAACAUUAUUUUACCUGAUAAAAUAAUAUACAUUUUUAAAGAAGAAAAGGAUACUCUAAGAAGAAUGGAGAAGUGGACAACCCCUGAAUACUAUGACUAUGAUUAUGAAGAGCAGGAGAACAGCACCAUGUGUGACUACUCUGAGUGGAAGCCUUCCUACUCAGUCAUCCCAGUCCUCUACAUGCUCAUCUUCAUCCUGGGUCUCUCUGGCAACGGUGUGGUCAUCUUCACUGUGUGGAGGGCUCAGGCCAAGCGCCGGUCAGCAGACAUCUACAUAGGCAACCUGGCCAUGGCUGACCUGACCUUCGUGCUGACUCUGCCACUGUGGGCAGUGUACACUGCAUUGGGCUACCACUGGCCCUUCGGUGUGGCCCUCUGCAAGAUCAGCAGCUACGUGGUGCUGCUCAACAUGUACGCCAGCGUCUUCUGCCUCACCGCCAUGAGCUUUGACCGCUACCUGGCCAUCGUGCACUCUCUGUCCAGCACCCAGCUGCGUACCCGUGGCCACAUGCAGGCCUCCCUGACGGCCAUCUGGCUCCUCUCCGGCCUACUGGCUGCCCCCACACUCAUCUUCCGCACCAUCAAGAAUGACGAGAGCAGCGACCUCAUCUCCUGUGGCAUGGACUUCAGCCUGGUGUUGGGUGUGGGUAAUCAAACAAUCAGUCAAUCAAAUGAAUUGAAGCAGAAGGAGUCCAUGUGGAUCGCAGGGCUCAGCAUCUCCUCCUCUGCCCUGGGCUUCCUCCUACCCUUCCUGGCCAUGAUGGUGUGCUACUGCUUCAUCGGCUGCACCGUGACACGCCACUUCAACAGCCUGCGUAAGGAGGACCAGAGGAAGAGGCGUCUGCUGAAGAUCAUCACCACCCUGGUGGUUGUGUUUGCUGCCUGCUGGAUGCCCUUCCACGUUCUGAAGAGCGCUGAUGCCCUCUCCUACCUGAACCUGGCUCCAAACACCUGCGCCUUCCUCCGCUUCCUCCUGCUGGCCCACCCUUAUGCUACCUGCCUGGCCUACGUCAACAGCUGCCUCAAUCCCUUCCUGUAUGCCUUCUUCGACCUGCGCUUCCGUUCCCAGUGCCUCUGUCUGCUCAACCUGAAGAAGGCCAUGCACACCAGCCCCGGCAGCUCCAUGUCCUCCCAGAAGACAGAGGCCCAGUCGCUGGCCACUAAGGUGUGACGUUUAUGCUGGGGUCAGGGCAUGGAAGAGAGAUGCCAGCCAGAGGGAAUAGGUCUCUAGCUGCCUUUUCCUGUCCUGCCUCCAUCGUCACCUGAACACUACAGGUAAAUGUACGAUUUUUGAGGUGCAUGAUAUCAUUACCUAUCCAGCAAAAUGAUAUCAUUACCUAUUCAGCCACAUGCAAGUGGACUGCAGACUGAGUGCAAAUGUACGUGUCCUCCAGACUGUGUGACUGAGGAAACUGAUAGUCAGUCUUCUGGCUGUAAUCAUGACCACUGACAUCCUCCAAGCUCACUCUCAGUGAUUAGGAAGUUUGUACAAACCCCUUGAACUGCUUGAUACAGGGGGCCAAGCUCCAUGCCAGGGUGAUGCAAACCAGAACCCAGACCUUUUGGACAGAGUUGAAUGUAUUUCAAAGGGACAAAGCAGCUCAUAUUGUUCUCCUGGUGUUCCGUGUUGACUUAAGACAAGUUCUUAGGUGGGCUGUCCCAUGGCUCUGGCUUUUAACACUGGAGGAGUGUAUUAUACAUGCAUUUGUACCAUGCUGUUCUUGUUUUUUUUUAAGCACUUGCUCAUUGGAAGGAGGUGAGACCUCUUCCUCUGCCCCAGUCAUGACGUGCGUGUGUGUGUGUGUGUAGGUCCAGGAAAGGUGUUGCAGCUUGAUUAAAAAAGUUGUAAAGGGAGAUAAGGGCACGGAGGGAGGGGGGUGGUCCCAGACGGACAGAUGGCAGCUGACAAAUGUUGUCGAGUGAGGAGAGCCAACUAAUAGGUGGCUGCUCUGACAGAUUAAACUCUUGUGUGUGUGUGUGUGUGUGUGUGUGUGUGUGUGUGUGUGUGUGUGUGUGUGUGUGUGUGUGUGGUGUGUGUGUGUGUGUGUGUGUGUGUAUUGAAUCAGGAUUGGGGAAGGCAUGAAUUAACUUGUUUUUAUUUGACAAAGAUGUGAAUACAUGCUGUACAAUGCUUUCAUGUGAUGAUUUGAAAUAAAAACGUUUUCUGAUGAACUAAAGU